AUGGAACUGAGCGAUGCAGACGUGAGCAUUGUAACCGUACUGUACGCCUUUACGAUGCUUGCAGCUAUUGUGGGCAACUCUUUUCUGAUAUAUAUCGUGUGGAAAAAACCUGAGGUACGGUCACUGACAAGUUCUAUGUUCGUCAACAUGGCCAUAGCCGAUCUAUUGGUGGCCCUGUUCAUGAUGCCUCUUUCCAUUGUCGACGCUCACACGGAAAGUAAGUGGAAGGUACCUGGGUUGCCUGGUGACAUCAUCUGCAGGAGCUAUAUUCUAAUUUCCUAUGCCACCCUCAUUGCGUCUACCCUCUGCCUGGUUUUUAUGGCGAUCGACAGGUACUGCGCCAUUGUCUGUCCUCUGUCGGUCCACUCUGUGUGGUUCAGAAAGGCGAAAUUUGUCACACCUUUGAUCUGGGUUAUGUCAAUCGCUCUAAUGGCUAUCAUGCCUGUCAUCUACAAAUUAGAUUAUGAAUACUGCGAAAUUGACCCGGAUGUUUUGGGCCAGAACGCGACAUUUCGUGGUGUUUACCUCUACAUUUUCUUCAUCACCUACAUAAUUCCUCUGGCCAUCAUAUGUCCGCUGUAG